GUUUCGGGGGCUGUUUCCACUUUACGCAUUUCCAUUUCCAUCUCAAAAUCUAUAUACACAUUAUAGAGACGAACAGACCUUGUAAUUUUAGAGCAGACGCUUAAGAUUCGACUCUAUUAGACGGACAUGGCUUCUUGUAAGGACACUAGCCAUGCUUCUCCAGAUGGUCGAACAUGGCGCAGUUACUUCCCAGACGGUGAUCUAUGGGUAUUUGGAUAUGGGAGCUUGAUUUGGAAGCCACCACCGCAUUAUGAUCAAAGAGUCCCGGGUUAUGUCAACGGCUAUGUGCGUCGCUUUUGGCAGGCUAGCACUGACCAUCGAGGAACGCCGGAAAAUCCCGGACGAGUAGUAACGGUCAUAGAACGGGGAUUUUGGGAGACAUUGAAUGAUCCGCUUGCACAACUAGAAUCAUCGUCAGCAGGUCGAGUUUGGGGCGCAGCAUACCAUAUUCCCGCCUCGCAUGCCGAAGAAGUCCAUGAUUACCUCGACGAGCGCGAGAUUGACGGAUACACUGUGCAUUAUACUCCAUUCUACCCGUUCUUGGGAUCCAAGGCCGCGGAGUCGGAAUCCAAACCGAUGACCUGCAUGGUGUAUAUCGGGCAACCUACCAACCCACAGUUCCUGCGUGACCCAGCUCGUCGUGAGCCGGAAGAUGUUGCGGAGGUGAUUAGUCGCGGAUGGGGUCAGAGUGGGAAAAAUACCGAGUAUCUUUAUCUGCUAGAGAAGGCGCUUGAGGGUCUCGGGCUUGGAAGUGCUGAUGGCUAUGUCACGGAUUUGGUUCAACGGGUGAAGGCCAUUGAGGACGAUGAGGCGGCGAGAGAUGAAGAAGCGGCUGAGAGGGAUUUACAGAAGUCGCUUAGUCGGUCAGAGGAGGAGGCACAUCGGGCUUUCCAGAACGAGGAAAGAGUGUGACUUUACAUUGACGUUGCUCUAUGAUCCAUGAUCGGCGCUCAAGUGCAAAGCUUACAUAGACUAUAAGGUUUCAAUAUUAUAGAGCAUUCCCCCCUUGUACUACCGGCGUAGACCCUUGCCGCAUACUAUCUGGUUACAGAUUGGAAUUUUUCCCUGCGUCACAUGGAGAUUCAAUAUUAAACGAGCAAUAAAGGUAUGAUCUUAGUAACAGAGAUAGAGCAUCCGUGAUUCAUCAAAACCAUGCUUCCGCCGUCAUACUGCAUUUCACUUCCUCUUCUGCGAUUCGUGUCUCAUGAAGUUUUAUCGAGAGAGAAGAUUAUCUGAGCGAUGAAAUCCGUUUGAACAAAACACAAAAAGGAUCAGUCCAGCUGCACCAUACUUCGGUCCACGCUUUAGUUAGAGGUAAGGGCCAUAGCCUAGUUCUCAGCGUUGUUUUGGCGCCAGUCUGGAUGC